AUGAUCGUACUAUUUUGUCCGUUUAAACGGAAUAGUCCUCGCCACUUGGGACGAUAUGAUAAUGAUGUGGCCGCUCGUAGGGCAGGUCAGAGUAUUCUUUAUGAUCGGUUUGGAGGUCGCCCGCAGCUCCAAUCCGUGUUUAUUGGGUCUAAACGGAAUAGUUCCCGCCACUUGGGACGAUAUGAGAAUGAUGUGGCCGCUCGUGGGGCAGGUCCGAGUGUAAAUGAUCUGUCCUCAAUGACUCGUUUCUGA